CGUGAAUUUAGUAAAAGUUUGGGACUAGGAUCAAUUAUUCAAUACCCUCCACCUCGUUAUUCACCACUUCGUUUUUUUUGUUCUCGAUCCGAUCUGAACGAAGUUACGACAACUUCUUAACGAGAAUUGACAAUCUUCCGAUAUUUUUGUUCAGAACACCGCAACUGCAACCGCAACCGCUAGACCCCUCUUUUUUUUCGCACAUCGACCAUUUUCACCUACUUAAUUUUUCGCGUCUUCGGCAACAAUCCAUUUUUUGCAAGACAAUCGCAUUUCAUCUUGUAACUGAAACUAGCAAUCCUUUGGUUGAUAACUUGUUCACCAUGGCCGACGCACCAGCUGCUUCACAGCUUCCUCCGCCUCCCCAGCCGAAUGCAGGCGCGCCGGGUUUUGAUGGCCAAAACGGACAGGCCAACCCGGCUCACAUGCCACCGCCUCCCCUCCACAUCCCACCCAACACGAACCCCAUCCCUACCGCUAUCACAUCUCCCAUGUCGGCGGUUGAUAAAGGUUCUGUCAUGUCACCAAGCAGUGGAGGGCCCUUCCCGCGCCGUGCUGCGCCCGAACCUAACAAGCGCGCCCUGUAUGUCGGCGGCCUUGACCCUCGCGUUACGGAAGAUGUUUUGCGACAAAUCUUCGAGACUACUGGUCACGUUCAAAACGUGAAAAUCAUUCCGGAUAAGAACCAGAAGGGUUACAACUAUGGUUUCGUCGAGUACGAUGACCCCGGCGCAGCAGAGCGUGCUAUGCAGACGCUCAAUGGCCGACGUGUCCAUCAAGCCGAGAUUCGCGUAAACUGGGCCUAUCAGUCUAACACGACUAACAAGGAGGACACAUCGAGCCACUUCCACAUCUUCGUUGGUGACUUAUCCAACGAAGUCAAUGAUGAAGUUCUGCUACAAGCUUUCUCGGCCUUUGGAACCAUCUCGGAAGCUCGCGUCAUGUGGGAUAUGAAGACCGGUCGUUCUCGUGGAUACGGCUUUGUAGCUUUCCGAGAUCGCGCGGAUGCUGAGAAGGCGUUAAGUUCCAUGGACGGAGAGUGGUUGGGCUCACGCGCUAUUCGUUGCAACUGGGCCAACCAGAAGGGGCAGCCUUCAAUGGCUCAGCAACAGGCGAUGCAAGCUAUGGGCAUGACGCCUACUACCCCCUAUGGCCACCACCAUUUCCCAACCCACGGCAUUCAGAGCUACGACAUGAUCGUCAACCAGACCCCAGCUUGGCAGACGACUUGCUACGUCGGCAACCUAACCCCCUACACUACCCAAAAUGAUGUUGUCCCUCUUUUUCAGAAUUUUGGUUAUGUAACCGAAUCACGAUUCCAAGCCGACCGUGGAUUUGCAUUCAUUAAAAUGGACACCCACGAGAACGCAGCGAUGGCCAUUUGCCAACUAAAUGGAUACAACGUCAAUGGGCGACCUCUAAAGUGCAGUUGGGGUAAGGACAAGACUCCUAACGCCCAGGGCGGGUUCGAUCCUUCGCAGCAGGCGUUCAGCCCUCAGAGCGCUCAAGCAUCUGCGUACCCUGGCACUCCCUCGACAUACUUCCCUCAGUAUGGAGGUCAAUUCAGCGGUCAGCAACAGGCGUAUGGUGGCCCCCCGGCUCAGUCUCCCGCUGGCUACGGAGCCCAACCGAUGGGCUACGGCGGUCCGCCAAGUGCCGGAGGCUACGGCCGCGGCCAGCAGCCGCCCAACCAGCCAUGGACCCAGCCGCCGCCGGCGCAAGGCUUUCAAAGCGGCUAUCCCGGCUACCAGGGUUAGAAUACCAGGGUUAGUGGGGAUAGGGGCAGUAGAAGGGGUAGAAGAGGUAGAGGACGCUGAUUUCUUUGGUGGAACAUUGGG